AUGUGGAGAAUCCAAAUGACCAAGUCUACCCCAAUCAAGGAGCGUAUCAAGGAGGCCAAUACCAAUCCAAGCCACAACAAGUCUAUCCAAGAGGGAUAUGGCACAAUUGUUCCUACACUAUCUCAAGGGGAAGAAGAAGAAAAUGAGCCUAAGGAGAGGCACAAACCGGAGAGAUACAGUUGGGAAUCAAGAAGAGCUUACAAGAGAAGACUUGAAGGCAAGCCACUACAAAAACAAGAAGAUCCGGGGAAGUUUGUGAUAACUUCAAGUAUCAAUGGCAUUCAACUCCAUGAUUGCCUAUGUGAUACUGGUGCUAAUGUUAAUCUAAUGUCUCUUGCACUUGCAAAAGAUUUGGGAUUCAAGGAAUUCAAGAGCCCCAAGAUAAGAGUUGAGUUCGCGGAUCUAUCAUGCAUGGAACCUUAUGGAAUGCUUGAAGAUGUCAUGAUGGAAAUAGGGGGUCGAUGUCCCAACUGA